UUUUAUUUAAUCAGUUUUAUUUCUGAACAGAAUACGCAGUGGUGUGUGCAGCUACUGUCUGAGCAUGUUAUUGUAACGCUGCUUAUUGAGUUGGGCUUAUCUCAGUUUAUCUGCUUACAGCAGAAAAUGGCAUCUGUUUCAGGAAGCGACGAUUUGUUUGAUACAAUUCUGUUGGCUGAUAACAGAUUUCGCGGUGAGGGUUAUCAGGAAGGCUAUGAAGAGGGAAGCCGCGUUGGGAUAAUUGAAGGAAGAAGUCAUGGAUCUCUGCAUGGCGCUAAAAUUGCAGGCGAGGAACCCCGUCGGGUUACUAAACCAAAGGUUGCGUUUUACUAUGGCUUUGCCUUCACCUGGAAAUGCCUACUUCAAAACAGCACAGAUGCCAAAGCAAGUAAAAGGCUGAAGACCCUGGAAUCUUUAAUCAGCAUAAUUCAGAGUUUCCCACAUGAAGAUCCUACUUAUGAAAAGCUUCAGGAAGAUGUGGAGCGGGUCCGAGCCAAGUUCAGACAGACUUGCUCCCUUUUGAACGUCCCUGCUGACUUCAAGGAUUGUGUGAAUCAAUCAGGAAUGUCUUUCUGAUAGAAACUGCUAUGCAAACCUGUAAAACUAGAAAGUCUGAGCUCUGCAAUUUGCACCACUAGGCGCUUUACAGAGCGUGUAGGCCAAGUGGAUGCUGUGGCUGUGUCUCCGGUGCUGCAAGAAGAUUGGAGUUUGUGGGAGUGCAUAGAAGGGGAAGGUAAAGGAUAUGCACAGAGAUCUUGAGGAAGUGGGUGUGACUUUUCCCUUCCAAGUUUUAAUUUGUUUUUGCCUGUCAGUACAGCUGUGUUACCUGAGAUCUGUAGUUGCAAUGAGUCUGUGGGGGCUGUGUAAGAUGAUCAAGACAUAAGAACCUGAUAAUAUUCUGUCAACAGUAGCGUAAAGUCUAGAAUACAUCAGUGGUUCACCUUCAUAAGAUUUAAACCUUCAUUGUAUGAAGAACAACAGCAUAGUUUGCCUGUGUUAUACCUGUCUAGUGUAGUGUUUUUUAAAAAAAAGUAUAUGUCCAAGGGGUUGUAAACUUUCAAAGUUUUUGUGGCUUGUACUUCGGUUGAAGUGUUUUUACAAAUCUGUUUGAAAAAUAAAAAUGAUCUUCUGCAGUAA